CGCAGUCGCUCCGCGGCGCCCAGACCGUGCGGUUAUCCGUCUCUGCUCGAAAAAAGCCCGCCACGAGCAGGCGAGCAUCGACGUUCUUCUCCGCUGCGAAGCGAUAUUACGUCCCUUUCUUGCAAUCAUCUCUCGUCAGACUUCUUCGUCUCAUUCAGAAUCCAUUUACAUAUUUCCGUGGAAAAAAUCAUACUAGGAACGAACUUUGGAGAAAUUAAUUGGAACGUGUUCUCGACCGAAUCAGUCGGUCCCAGGAGAACUCGGGAGCGCACACUCCUGACGUUUCUUCCCCCGUCGUUUCAGUCAGCCGCGGGCAACCGUCGCGGUGUCACGUGUUUCCGUAUCGCCAUCGUGUAUACUUGCUAUUAACCAGCAAUUAACAAAAAUCAGCGGUAUCCAAUUUUACUUCGAAGAAUUAUUCGCUGUGAAAUUACUGCCACUUAACGAACGAUGUUAUCGAAUAAAGUUCAAUUAAACUUUGAAUAAACAUUUGGAAUAAAUUUCCAUAUAUAGACUACAAUUUUCGUCGUCGCGAUUAACAAGUUCGAAAGAGCUUCGUGCACGAUCGUUUUCUGUUUAUUCUUCUUCGCUCGCUCCUGUCUCCCCAUUGGACGGCUCGCUCGUGAUCGCCACGUGGUCGUGUCGCGAUCGAUCAGUGGUGCAUCCUAUAACCGGCCGAGAAGGAACGAGCACGACGUGGUGCCGCGAACCGGAGAUAAGCGAAGAGGAUCACUCGGAACUGGUGCUGCUAGGAAAACGUCCUGCCAGCCAGAACGUUCGUAUAUCGGGCGAACGGUUGGUGCGAACGGAAAAGACCUGGACGGGCUGUUACGCACGAAAAGCCGAAAGUUAGACAUUAAACCUUCCACCUUUCGCGUUCGUUUGCACGACCUACAGGCACAGAUGCGUCGGCCGUUGUGCAGUUGGAGAGGAAGCGUUACGAAGCAGGAGAGUUAGAGAGCUUCGUCAAAGAUCGAAUUAUUUGUCGGUGAAAUGGAACUCGAGUCUCCGCAGCUUUAUUAAAACUUUCACCAUCGGGUUUGAGAGACCAGUUGAUAAGAGCCGGAAUCAGUAUCGACGAGCAAUCGUUUCGGUCCUGAAACUACCUUUCUUAUCCCCCAUAUGCAAGUACGAACGAAUUUUUCGACUGCUGCAUGUGACUUAGAUGGCUGGGCAAUAAGGGAUCUAGGAAUUCGCGAGUGUCGUAUCGGCUGAGCCUCGACGGUAACAGUAGAGAGCCGGAAGAAGAGAGCCGGUUCGAAAAGAGCCGGUCUCCAAUAAGCUUCCAGUUAGGUAGGCCACGAGCUCUUGUUUUUCGUCGUGGGAAGCUGUUGGUGGGCUCAUCGGGCCCACCCUCUCAUCGGUCAAGCUGGCGAGCGCUCUAACCGCUGGUAUGAACCCCCACCAUCCGGGCCAUUCCGCAGCCUACCCGCAUCAUCCCUCGCUUUCGAGCAGUCCGCAUCAUUCCGGGCCCCAUCACGGCUACAGUACUGGCGGCGGAGGCGGUGGCGGUGGCGGUGGCGGCACCACAACAACCCCAGACCUACCAAGUCCCCAUUCGCCGCCUCAUGGGCCAGCAAUGGACCCAGCCACCCCCUAUGGGUCCCUUCAGCCUGGACAAGGCAUGGGCAGCAACGGACAUCAUCACAGCGGUGCUGGAAUGAUGACCGAUCAUCCACAUCACCCCGGACACCCACACCCCCACUUACCGGGACAUCCUGCUUAUCCACCAGUCAAUCACAACAACAAUUGUACGCUUAAGCAAGAAGGUGGCCCAAGUGGACCAACGGGGAUCCAGCAGUGCGCCGGUUGCGGCGGUCAAAUAGUCGAAAGAUGGCUAUUGCUGGCGAUGGAUCGGUAUUGGCACAACGGUUGCCUCAAGUGCUCGUACUGUGGUGCGGCACUGGCGGAAAUCGGCCACUCGUGCUACACCAGGAGCGGCAUGAUCCUCUGCAAAAGCGACUACAGAAGGAUGUUUGGAAGCAGUGGUGCUUGCGCAGGCUGUGGCAACGCGAUACCUGCCACCGAGCUGGUAAUGAGGACGGGUGGAUCAGUGUUUCAUCAGAAAUGUUUCACCUGCAGCAAAUGUGGAAAUCAACUCGUUUCCGGCGAUAGGUACUACCUGUUGUCUGGGUCACCGGUCUGUGAAACGGACUGGCAUAAAAUUGUGAAAUCGUCGAGCGUCGCGGCCGCCGCCGCUGCAGCGGCGGCCGGGAACGGCGGUGCACCGGUAAGAAAAGGUAAGGUCGGUCGGCCUCGAAGAAGUCGCGAAUGAGGCGGCAACCCGGUCGGUCGCCCGAAGAAGGUGCAAGCCUCUCCGCAGCCAACGCCCGUCGUCGUACCAUCGCAGGUCGAUGUCGUGGACGUCGCUGUCGGAGGGGAUCCCUAUUCGCCGCCUCCGCCGGGUCAUCAGCAGUACCACCAUCAUCACCACCACCAUCACCAUCAUCAUCAGAUGGCACUCGUACAUCCUGGACUGGCGGUACAGCAAACGCACCUGCAGGCGUCCACCUAUCAGGACUGGUCUCCGUGGGCACAGGACACCUGUGAUUGAACAACUACCCUCGUUGAUUAACUUUAUCGAGGCCCGUUUACUGGCUGAACGAAUCCUCGCCCUGGUUUCGAGCGCCGCCGCUAGUCUUCUUCCUCUCUCAGUUCCAUCAUCGUCGUCGAUUCGAAGAUGGAAGAAAGGAAGAAUGGAGUACCACAUAGAGUUCUUACGAUCUGUCAUCUGAAAGAAAAGUUGUAGCGACGUUCGAAUCGUGAACUCCUCGUAGCUUUGAUUAGCUGAUUCGUGAGCGAUCUCCUCUCGUGGAGAUAGAGGAAACAAGUGAUAGACCGUAUCUUGUCCUGUGAACGACGCAAGUUCUGUGUACGAGUGCAAGCGAAAACGAAGGAUUAUCCUGGUGGACAGGGAACCUGCCUGCAAUACGAGGUUCUUGUUCUGCUUGUGACCGAACUAUAUGUCGCUAGCAAGUACUUCAUAAAGAAUGGAGAGAACAAUAUUUCUUUUUCGUCUUUCGACGUGCUCCGACCGAUCGAACGUAUCUUCGAUUCGGUCUUUCGUCACGUGAUAAUUGUUUGUGCGCCAACGAUCCUCUCGAUCGCCACUUUGAGGGCGAUCCAGACAAACUUCGAGCAAUAGCGUGCACAUGUCUCGUUGGAUUGCUCGAUAAAUUGCGCGUACGGCCACGUGCGAGAACGCUGAACGCAUCCUCUCAACUGGUCUCCCCCCUUUAAUCGAUAAUCUUUGCUCAAUCACGGAGAAUCGAGAAUAAUCGAAGCGUCCCGCGGUGCACGGACGCGUGUAUCGUCGCCGACAGCAGUGUAACGCAAGUUCUCUUCGGCUCCAGUCGAUUCUUUGGUAGUCGUCACUGUUUAAUCGAAUCGGUAAUCCUGUUAAUCUCACGUCAGCCAAUCGACAAUCACUUUCGCGCUUGUGUUUCGCUGUGUUUCCUCUGUAACGUGUUUGCAUCCGCGUUUGGUGCUCUCUUCCCCCUUUUACGGUUGUUUAUUCGCGAUAUUUUGUAAUCGAUUUCGUUUGGUUAGCCUUUGUAAACAUUACAUGUUUCGUGAUUGUUGUAAAUCACCCAUUCUAUCCUUUUAGUUCCAAGAUAAUAUUAUUUUAAUCUUCAGCAGGUUGUUCGUUUUAUUAAUGUUACAACGAUUAUUAACCUAUGGCCUAUUGGCUUUGCUUUAAUCCCGAGAGAAAAAUAUUAAUAAUAACGUAAAUAACAGUUUCUCCGUUCGCAAAGGUUCAACCGAUCGAAGCUUUCAAACACGUGGCUUUACGUAUUCUUCUCUUCGAAUAGAGUUUUUAAAGCAGUCCGGACCUGAAGCGAGAACCUCAAGAUCUAAAAUCGCGUAUGUCGGAAGAUCUCAUCGAUCUAGAUAAUUCGACGAUUGAAAUUAUCAGGUUCCGGACCUUACGAAAUUAUUUUUCUUUCAAUGUCGCCCCAUCUCCGUCCUUGAAGCGUGGCCUCUCCCUGUAAUCUCAUUAAGCGUUCCUUGUUCUCGCGUUAAUCGAGUCUACCCCACGGUGAAAUAAAAGGCCACAUCGAGGUGAAACUGUCGAACGAGCGAAAUUAUUAUUCGAAUUUUCCUUGCCAAUACCGCCCUCGUGGUUGGAUUGAUUUUUUUCCUUUUGCGAAAUGUAGUCUGUAUGUGCACGAUUCAUGAGACGUUACGCAAUUUUCAUCGAACAAAAAAUUGUAUUCGUCAAACAUCGCAUUCACAGUUUGUUAUUAGCGCCAUUUGGUACUGUAAUAUUCUACCCACGAAGAUGAAGAACUUUUUCAUUUAAUAUUCUCCAAUAACGAUCGGGAAUACAAUUAUAUUCAAUUAAAAAAAUUCCAAAACGUCGAUAGGAUUUAUGAAACUUUUCGUUCAACAUCAAAGCAAUGUGAUCGAUAUAUUUUGUUUAUUAAAAAAAUUGAUACGUAGGAUGCACGAUAAAGAAAAUUCCUGCAGAGAGAAACUCAUCGUCCUGAAUCAAAGCAAAGUGUUUUGUCGAUAUUUUCUGUUUAUUAAAAAGUUGACGCGCAAGCUGCACAAUAAAGAAAAUUCUUGUAGACAGGAAAUAGAGUUGAUACACUGUCGGAUGAUGAGAGCGCGAGCACCGCUGCCCAAGGAUGCUCAUGGCGAAGGAUUGAAGCGUGUAACAAUACUUUUUCUAAGUGGCAGGGUUUCGACAUCCGUAAUAAACAUUUACGUAAAUGUAUAAUCGUGAACACGUUACGAUAUAUCUACUAUCGCCCGAGCUUGUCGUCGGUUUCCGUGUCGAAGUUCCCUGUUACAAGUUGUACAAAUUGUUUCCUUUUUCCAUCAAGACAUGCUGUUCCGUCGUCGAAGUCGACGAACCAGCAGGGAAACCGGAAACGACACAGGUUCGGGCACGUUCGAAGCUCAAUGCGAAACUAAAGACACAUGUUUUGGGUGUAAAUCACGCGGAAAUGGCUGGCUCGGUUCGCUUUAUGGCGGUCUACAUUUUCUUGUCGAUUUCUCAUCCCCGAGAUAUGUACUCCAGAAUUCUUCGUUUGAUGAACGAUCGUCAAGAUCAUUGCAAAAAUAUAUCGAACGAAUCCUAACGAACAUUGUUAAAAAUUUCAUUGUAUAGACGUAAAUAGCAUACUAAUUAAUAGAAAAAAGAAAAAUCGUUGACGAACGAUCAGUGAUUCUCUGAUGAUGAUAUACGAUUUCCUCUUCGAGAUUUAUUCAAAGUAACAAGUUUUGUUUGUUAGAAAUAGAAAAUAUCCUUUCUCCUGUUUUUUACGACGUUUUUCAUAAUAACUCGCAUUAGUAAUCGAAUAUUUCAUAAAAUUUGAGAAUUAUUUACCUUAGCAUUUCUUAUUUAGGAAAGCUAUGUACACUAGAUAAAAUGUUUCUAUCAACUACAAUAUUUCACUAUUCAACUACAGUAUUUAUUCUAAUAUAUUAAAAACAAAUCAACUAGUUAAUUACAAACAAUAAUGUUUCGCAUACCAUGUAUUCGAAUAUCAAUGCGAGUCAUUGUAUGUUUGCCGCGUUAUUUUAAAAUCGAUCGACAAGUGCCAUGUCCGAAAUUCCUAUAAAGCGACCGAACGACCGCCUCCGUGCCGUGCAAACUGAUCGUUACUCGUUUACCCCGUCUCGUUCUUAGCGAAACUUUCGUCUCUCAGAACGCCGCCUCGCGCUUACGAGAAUUCGAGACGAGAAUGAUAGAGUUAAAGAGUUAACAGAAUGAAAAAAAGAGUAAAAGGAGAGAACGAAAAAGAAAAAGCGGAUGACUAUGUUUUCAACGCUCGAUCGCCGCAAUGGUGCUCGACGAAAGGGAUCCAAGGGAGAGCGCGUUCGUUCUCUUGCUGAUUUCGCGUCGAUUUCUCUUCGAAUAUAGCGCGCGUGUUCUCCGAUUCCUUGGAUCCACGACGCGAUCGUGCGAGAAAACAAAAACUUCAUGCUCUCGAAUGGAAGAAGCUCGAUCGGACGAAGGAGUUGUUUGCUGAUGGAUCGUGUAAUUUAAUCUUGUACAUAGGGUACAUUUUGUAUAUUGUUAAAAGUUUGUGUGAUAUAAAUGGUUAUGUAUUUACUAUUAAAUGCGGCGACGGGACACCGCGCGUCCUACGAUGGACGAUCGCGGGUACGAUGCCUCGGCGGCCAUCACUAAUGAAUGUACGCUUUCGACCAUCCGCUACGUUGUACGAUCGAACGUUUGACGCGCUUGAUGAUUUUUCGAGCGAGGUGAUCAUUUUCGUCAGUCUUAUUCUCGUGUGAAACUGAUUAUUUUGUUUUAUUUCCUUUGUAUCGUUAAUGAAGAUUUCUGUCAAUUUUUCUUUUUAUCUAUCUUCGUUUAAAGCGACGUAAAAUUAAGAUUCCUCAUACUGGGUUCAAAAUUUUGAUUUUAAGAUCUAUUCGCUCGUCUCGAUUCGAACCACAAGAUAGUAGAUUCCAAUACUGCGAAAUGGUCAAAGAAAACUAGAAAGAUUGUAUACGUAGAUCGCAUCCAUUGGUGAUGGUACGUCGAAGAACGUUGUCCUCGGUUGAGCGUACACGCGGUUGGAUCAGAUCACGAUCUUUACGCGUUUAGUUAAUUUUGUUAUUUGAUUUAUCUCGAUCUUCUUAUUCGGGACCCGAUGACAUCUCUGAAUGAUUUCUCGCGGCCUCUUGUAAAAUACAAAAAAAAAAGAAAAAAAUACACACGACACACAGACACAUACAAAACACGUUUAUUAAUUAAAUAAAAAUCACAAGUUUUUAGAA